CUAAGUUGUUUAGGGAAGAGGGCAGCAGCGUAUCAGUUUGUGCAGCAGGUAACAUGGCACAAGCAAGUAAUGCUACUACCAUAGAAAAUUCCUUAGAAUGGGUUAAGAAAGAUAAGAGAAGAAUGCUACAUGUUGUUUACCGCGUGGGGGACUUAGACAGAACAAUAAAAUUUUACACCGAGUGUCUUGGGAUGAAACUGCUUAGGAAACGUGAUAUGCCUGAGGAAAAAUAUACAAAUGCAUUUCUUGGAUACGGGCCAGAAGACUCUCACUUUGUUAUUGAACUCACAUACAAUUAUGGGAUUGAUAAAUAUGAUAUUGGGACCGGUUUUGGCCAUUUUGGCAUUGCAGUUGAGGAUGUAACAAAAACUGUGGAUCUCAUAAAAGCUAAAGGAGGUACCAUUACCCGAGAACCUGGUCCUGUCAAAGGCGGCAAAACAGUGAUUGCAUUUAUAGAAGAUCCUGAUGGUUAUAAGUUUGAACUUCUGGAGAGAGGUCCUACACCUGAGCCAUUGUGUCAAGUAAUGCUUCGAGUAGGAGAUCUUGAUCGUUCUAUUGAGUUCUAUGAGAAGGUGUGGUCUGCUUUAAGGAAAUAAGAAAUGCAACUUUUUU